UCUCGCAUAUAAUUUCCUCGCAAACAUCUCAGGUGGCGGCAGCAGCAGCAGCUCGACAUCCAUGGCGUUGCUCAGAGCUCUCCGCGGCAAGCUGCGGUUGCGCGGGAACUCGUCUCAGUCGUGCACCGGCUCGCUCUUGCUGCCAGUCUCUGCUGUCGCCAUGCUCCUGUGCGCCACCGAUUUGUCAAGGGUGGUCGUCUUCUUCCUGCCGCUCGUGGCGUCCACCUCCAUGUGCUGCGCGGCGGCGUACCUGCUCGUCCCCGCGCCACCGGAGUCCGAUGGCGGCGGCGGCGCCGCGGCGAAGGAGGUGGUGCUCGUGCGCGGCGGCAGGGCGGAGGUCGGGGUGCUGCAGGUGUUCGACGGCGCGAACGCCACCGUGUACGGCGGGGACGCCGGCGACGUCACGACGGUGGGCUGCUUCUUGCACUACAGGCCCGGGGGCGGCGCAGCCGGUGGCGGAGGGUGGACGAAGCGCGGCGUCGACGAGGACGGGGAGGAGGUGGUGUUCGCCGGCAGGCUGGCUGCCGUCGUCGGCCAGGACGACGACGGCGCCCGCGAGCUCGAGGAGGAGCUCGCCGCGAUGCGGGUGGACCGGCUGGCCGAGGGCGUGUGGGACAGCUACUUCGGCGGGUGGUCGAGGUGGAACUACGUGACGGAUGCGUACAACGACGACGACGACGACGACGCCAACAUCACUCUCAGCUCUUGAAAACUUGAAGCUAAUGUAUAAGUAGCUGGGCAUGAUCAGAUUAACUAAUUUGGGAGCUAAUUUGAAUUCUGAUGCAGCAUACUUUAUAUGUUUAAUCUUAUAAAAAAAUAUUGUCUCGGAUGAUAGUUUUACUCAUGAAGCUCGAUCCAUAAUAAACAAUACGGUGAACUGAAAAUUGAUACCUUAACAGUGUAAUUAACGGUCCCGUUAGCUU